AUGGAGAGUUCCGGGCAAACGGCGGCUCACAGAUCGCUGCCCGUCCGUCCAGGCUCCGCUCUGCCCGGCGACACCAUGGCUCUGACCCGCCUGGAGAGGCUCCAGCUGUGGCUCUUCAAGGCCGUGAUGGACGCCCUCUUCGUGCUGUUCCGCCUCUUCUCGCCUCGGACUCCCUGGAGCACGAAGAAGCUGCCGCCGGUCCGCAGCGCGCUGCUGGAAGUGUCCGCGACGCAGCUCGGCCAGAAGAUCCGGAGGAGAGAGGUGUCGAGUGUGGAGGUGGUGCAGGCUUACAUUGACAGGAUCCAGGAAGUCAACCCCUUUCUGAACGCUGUGGUUAAAGACAGGUUCGCCGCCGCCCUCCAGGAGGCAGCCCAGGUUGAUAAGCUGAUCGAGGAGGAGACCGGAGGAGAGGAGGUGCUGGAGGACCGGCUGCCUCUACUGGGAGUCCCACUCUCUGUCAAAGAGUCCUUCGCCCUCCAGGGCAUGCCCAACACCACAGGUGUGGUCAGCAGGCGAAGAGUCGUGUCCAUCGUGGACGCUCCACCUGUGGCCCUCCUGAAGAGAGCCGGGGCCAUCCCGCUGGGCGUCACCAACACCAGCGAGCUGUGCAUGUGGUGCGAGUCCCACAACCACCUGAGAGGCAUCACCAACAACCCGUACGACCUGGGGAGGAUACCGGGAGGAAGCUCAGGGGGAGAGGGCAGCAUCCUGGGAGCGGCAGGCGCAGUCAUCGGUAUCGGCUCAGACAUCGGCGGCAGCAUCCGCAUGCCCUGUUUCUUCAAUGGAAUAUUUGGCCAUAAAACCACUCCUGGUGUUGUAUCUCCUGAGAACCAGUACCCUCCUUUCUCCGGCAGACAUGGGGAGUACGUCAGCACCGGGCCCAUGUGCCGCUACGCUGAGGACCUGCUGCCCAUGCUCAAGAUCAUGGCAGGACCCAACGCUCACAAGUUGUCCUUAAACACGAAGGUCGACCUAAAGAAGCUGCGGUUCUUCACCAUCCCUCACGAUGGUGGCUCCGCUCUGACGUACCCCGUCAGCGAAGAGCUCCUGGACAUUCAGAGAAAGGUAGUCGAGCGUCUGGAGGCCGACUUUGGAGUAAAAGUGGAGGAGGUGCAUUUCCCUGAGCUUCGCUACGGCUUCCAAAUCUGGGACACCUACAUGGCUCUGCCUGAUCAGCAGGGAAAGCGUCCUGUGCCGUUUGCUGAGCUGAUGGGGGAACCAGGACGACCGGUGUGGCCUAUGUGGGAGCUGCUGAAGUGGAUAAUGGGAAAGUCAGAGCACACCAUGGCUGCUAUUGCUCUGGCCCUGCUGGAGAUGACCCGCGUGUCCAAACCCUCGCCCUUCUUCAUCGAGCAGAAGGAGAAUCUGCAGAGGAAGGUGGACGAGCUGUUGGGCACCGACGGCGUUUUUCUUUACCCCCCACACCCGAGAGUGGCCCCCAGGCACCACCACCCGCUUUUCAGACCCUUUGACUUCGCCUACACCGGUGUAAUCAAUAUCCUCGGGCUGCCGGUCACCCAGUGUCCCCUGGGUCUGGGCGAGGAGGGUCUGCCGCUGGGCGUGCAGGUCGUGGGCGGGAAGCUGCAGGACCACCUCACCCUGGCCGUGGCUCUGCACCUGGAGAAGGCGUUCGGCGGCUGGAGGGAACCUGGGGCCGAGUAAAACUCAGCCACGACCAAAUCUCCCCACCGGAGCCUGUAGUACACAAUCAAACCAAGAGGUACAAUCAGUGCACUGAACGUUGUAGAUUCAAACAUUACUUUGUACUAAUGAGGGAUCUGCCGCUCCGCGAGGUGAUUCUACCGUCCACCCUGUUCAGGGACUGUAAUGUUGUGAAAAUAAGCUUUAAGAAUAAAACCGUUGAUUUUUGAAUAUCUUAAAUCAAACAUUCACAUUAUCAGAGACAAGGGUUUUGUGCAGAUCAUGUUUUACUACUCCAGUGAAACAUGGAACUCUAGAUGGCAGAUAUGUUUUUACACUUUGGUUUUACCUCAUUUUCUUUAAACCAGCAGCUGUACACUUACAUGUUCAGUAGACGCACUGUUACUGUUCCAACUCUCUAAAGGUCACUCCAUGAUUUCAGUAUAAAAUGGCCCCGCACACAGGUUGGUUCUGCUCUGACUAAUUAGCCCUGCCAGAGGCAUGCUGGGAGUUUGUCAGCUGACUCCUCAGCCAGGUGAACAUUGUCCUCUGCCAGCAGGUGCAACUGGUCUAGUGAGGAAACAACCCCCCAAAGAAAAGAAAGGUGUCUGGGACCUUUAAACUCAUAUCUAAUACUCUCCAUGUAUCAUACUGUAAUAUAUAUAUAUAUAUAUAUAUAUAUAUAUAUAGAGAGAGAGAGAUGAUAAAAAGGAAGACUCACCGGACAUCAGUAAUGGACGACAACAAAUGUUUUUACACGCUGACGAAGUUGUGCUAAACCUUUGUUGUGUGAUAAUAUGAAUGUUGCAUACUGGCAGUUAAUUGUGGCGCCUGUUUUAUGCUGCAACUCGUUUGUUUCGGCAAAUAAAAUUUAAAAAAAGUC